UCCCCCUACACGGCCUCGGCGCUCUUCCCGGCCUCCUUCAGACCUGCGAGGCUGCAGCCUGGGUCACCCGAUCGGGAGCCGGUCCCUGAGGCGAGGGGCUGGAGGACGAUUCGGGGCAGGAGAACGAUUCGGGGCAGGUCUACAGUUCGAACUUGCCCGGGGCAGAAGAAAGGCGGCCCGGUGUCCAGGUCGUGGCAGGCGCCAUCUGCCCGACCAGCGCCCGGGUCAGCCCCGCGCCGCCCCCUGCUCCGCACGGGUUAAUCCCCCUCGCCGCCCGCCAGCUUCCCGGUGCCAAAGUGGGUGUUGCUGGAAUGCCUCGCUCCCUCUCCCGUAAUGAGGGGGCUGAGCUGUCCCUCCGAGGAGGGGGCCUGGUGUGGAUAAAAGAGACGAAAAAGCAGGGGGAGGUUUCCAAAAAUAAAACCGUCCGAGUCCCCUUCAGACGGCUGCAGGCAUUGGGAGGAGGCGCGAAGUGCCGCGGCGGUGCGAGCCCUACAGGAGUCGGAGAGCGGACACGAGGUUCGGGGCGCGCAACCCUUGCUCCGCGGAGAGCCGGACUCCCAGUCAGCCGCUUCGGGGCCCCCUAGACGCGGAGAAGCCGGGACAGCAGCCCCGGGCGUCCCGCGCGCCGACCACAAAGCUCUUCACGGUGCCCGCGCGCACCGCUCUCCAGCCGCCCCCGCGCCAUGCCGCGGACCGAAGCCCGCAGCCCGGGGCGCACCCUGCGGAACCCCUGGAGGGGCUUCCUGCCGCUCACCCUGGCUCUCUUCGUGGGCGCGGGUCUUGCCCAAAGGGACCCCUUGGGGAGAUACGAGCCAGCUGGCGGAGACGCGAAUCGACUGCGGCGCCCGGGGGGCAGCUACCCGGCAGCGGCUGCAGCCAAGGUGUACAGUCUGUUCCGGGAGCAGGACACGCCUGUCGCGGGCUUGCAGCCCGUGGAGCGGGCCCAGCCGGGCUGGGGGAGCCCCAGGAGGCCCACCGAGGCGGAGGCCAGGAGGCCGUCCCGCGCGCAGCAGUCGCGGCGAAUCCAGCCACCUGCGCAGACCCGGAGAAGCACUCCCCUGGGCCAGCAGCAGCCGGCACCCCGGGCCCGGGCCGCGCCGGCUCUCCCGCGCCUGGGGACCCCACAGCGAUCCGGGGCUGCGCCCCCAACCCCGCCGCGAGGGCGGCUCACGGGGAGGAACGUCUGCGGGGGACAGUGCUGCCCAGGAUGGACAACAGCAAACAGCACCAACCACUGUAUAAAACCCGUGUGCCAGCCACCGUGCCAAAACCGGGGCUCCUGCAGCCGCCCUCAGCUCUGCGUCUGCCGCUCCGGCUUCCGUGGAGCCCGCUGCGAGGAGGUCAUUCCUGAUGAGGAAUUUGACCCCCAGAACUCCAGACUGGUUCCUCGACGCUGGGCCGAGCAUUCACCCAACCUGCGCAGGAGCAGCGCGGUCGGAGAGGGCACUGUGGCCAGAGCACAGCCGCCUGCACCACAGUCACCGCCGGCUGGGACCCUGAGUAACCUCAGCCAGACCCGCCCUUCCCAUCACCACGUGGGGUUGUCCCGCAGUGUCCGACUUCACCCGACUGCCACAGCCAAUGGCCAGCUCUCUUCCAAUGCCCUGCCCUCGGGACCAGGCCUGGAGCAGAGGGAUGGCACCCAGCAGGCAGUCCCUGUGGAGCACCCCUCAUCCCCCUGGGGGCUGAACCUCACGGAGAAAAUAAAAAAGAUCAAGAUCGUCUUCACUCCCACCAUCUGCAAGCAGACCUGUGCCCACGGACACUGUGCCAACAGCUGCGAGAGGGGCGACACCACCACCCUGUACAGCCAGGGCGGCCAUGGGCACGACCCCAAGUCUGGCUUCCGCAUCUAUUUCUGCCAGAUCCCCUGCCUGAAUGGAGGCCGCUGCAUCGGCAGGGACGAGUGCUGGUGCCCCACCAACUCCACCGGGAAGUUCUGCCACCUGCCUGUCCCGCAGCCAGACAGGGAGCCUCCAGGGAGGGGCUCCCGCCCCAGAGCCCUGCUGGAAGCCCCCUUGAGGCAGUCCACCUUCACACUGCCGCUCUCCAACCAGCUGGCCUCCGUGAACCCCUCCCUGGUGAAGGUGCACAUUCACCACCCGCCUGAGGCUUCAGUGCAGAUCCACCAGGUGGCCCGGGUGCGGGGCGGGGCAGAGGAGGCCCUAGAGGAGAACAGCGUGGAGACCAGACCCCCGCCCCGGCUGCCUGCCAGCCCUGGCCACAGCCUCUGGGACAGCAACAGCAUCCCUGUGCGGUCUGGAGAGCCCCCCCGGCCACGGCCCCCAGCAGCACCCAGGCCUCGAGGACUGCUGGGCCGGUGUUACCUGAACACUGUGAACGGACAGUGUGCCAACCCUCUGCUGGAGCUGACUACCCAAGAGGACUGUUGUGGCAGUGUGGGAGCCUUCUGGGGAGUGACUUUGUGUGCCCCAUGCCCACCCAGACCAGCCUCCCCGUUGAUUGAGAAUGGCCAGCUGGAGUGUCCUCAGGGGUACAAGAGACUGAACCUCACUCACUGCCAAGAUAUCAACGAGUGCUUGACUCUGGGCCUGUGCAAGGACGCGGAGUGUGUGAACACGAGGGGCAGCUACCUGUGCACGUGCAGACCUGGCCUCAUGCUGGAUCCAUCGCGGAGCCGCUGUGUGUCGGACAAGGCUAUCUCCAUGCUGCAGGGACUGUGCUACCGGUCGCUGGGGCCUGGCGCCUGCACCCUGCCUUUGGCCCAGCAGAUCACCAAGCAGAUAUGCUGCUGCAGCCGCGUGGGCAAAGCAUGGGGCAGCGAGUGUGAGAAAUGCCCUCUGCCUGGCACAGAGGCCUUCAGAGAGAUCUGCCCUGCCGGCCACGGCUACACCUACGCGAGCUCUGACAUCCGCUUGUCCAUGAGGAAAGCUGAAGAGGAGGAGCUGGCCAGGCCCCCAAGGGAGCAAGGGCAGAGGAGCAGCGGGGCACUGACCAGCCCAGCAGACAGACAGCCGCUCCGAGUCAUCACGGACACCUGGCUCGAGGCCAGGACCAUCCCUGACAAGGGUGACUCUCAGGCUGGCCAGGUCAUGACCAGUGUCACUCCUGCACCUGCCUGGGUCCCAGGGGAUGCCACAACCCCACCAAUGCCUGAACAGGGAAUUCCAGAGAUACAAGAAGAACAAGUGACCCCCUCCACCAAUGUGCUGGUGACCCUGAGCACCCCAGACAUUGACAGAUGUGCUACUGGAGACACCAACAUCUGUGGCCCUGGAACCUGUGUGAACCUCCCAGAUGGAUACAGAUGUGUCUGCAGCCCUGGCUACCGGCUGCACCCCAGCCAGGCCUACUGUACUGAUGACAACGAGUGUCUGAGGGACCCCUGCAAGGGGAAAGGGCGCUGCAUCAACCGCGUGGGUUCCUACUCCUGCUUCUGCUACCCUGGCUAUACGCUGGCCACCUCGGGGGCCACGCAGGAGUGUCAAGAUAUCAAUGAAUGCGAGCAGCCAGGGGUGUGCAGCGGGGGGCAGUGCACCAACACCGAGGGCUCCUACCACUGCGAGUGUGAUCAGGGCUACAUCAUGGUCAGGAAAGGACACUGCCAAGAUAUCAACGAAUGCCGUCACCCGGGUACCUGCCCUGACGGGAGAUGCGUCAAUUCCCCAGGCUCCUACGCUUGUCUGGCCUGUGAGGAGGGCUACCGGGGCCAGAGUGGGAGCUGUGUAGAUGUGAAUGAGUGUCUGACCCCCGGGGUCUGUGUCCAUGGAAAGUGCACCAACCUGGAAGGCUCCUUCAGAUGCUCUUGUGAGCAGGGCUAUGAGGUCACCUCAGAUGAGAAGGGCUGCAAAGAUGUGGAUGAGUGUGCCAGCCGGGCAUCAUGCCCUGCAGGCCUCUGCCUCAACACAGAGGGCUCCUUCACCUGCUCUGCCUGCGAGAGUGGGUACUGGGUGAAUGAAGAUGGCACUGCCUGUGAAGACCUAGAUGAGUGUGCCUUCCCGGGAGUUUGUCCCUCAGGAGUCUGCACCAACACGGCUGGCUCCUUCUCCUGCAAGGACUGCAGUGGUGGCUACCGGCCCAGCCCCCUGGGUAACUCCUGUGAAGACGUGGAUGAGUGUGAAGACCCCCAGAGCAGCUGCCUGGGAGGCGAGUGCAAGAACAUGGUGGGCUCCUACCAGUGCCUCUGUCCCCAGGGCUUCCAGCUGGCCAAUGGCACCAUGUGUGAGGAUGUGAACGAGUGUGUGGGGGAGGAGCAUUGCGCACCCCAUGGCGAGUGCCUCAACAGCCACGGGUCUUUCUUCUGUCUGUGCGCACCCGGCUUCGUCAGCACAGAGGGGGGCACCAGCUGCCAAGAUGUGGAUGAGUGUGCCGCCACAGACCCGUGUCUGGGAGGGCACUGUGUCAACACUGAGGGCUCCUUCAACUGUCUGUGUGACACUGGCUUCCAGCCCGCCCCAGAGAGUGGAGAGUGUGUGGACAUAGAUGAGUGCACCAAUGACACCAUGUGUGGGAGCCACGGCUUCUGUGACAACACUGAUGGCUCCUUCCGCUGCCUCUGUGACCAGGGCUUCAAGAUCUCCCCCUCAGGCUGGGACUGUGUGGACGUGAACGAGUGUGAGCUCAUGCUGGCAGUAUGUGGGGCCGCGCUCUGUGAGAACGUGGAGGGCUCCUUCCUGUGCCUCUGUGCCAGUGACCUGGAGGAAUACGAUGCCCAGGAGGGGCACUGCCGCCCACGGGGGGCUGGAGGUCAGAGUAUCCCUGAGGCCCCAACAGGAAACUAUGCCCCGGCCACCAUCCGCAUGGACUGCUACUCUGGGCAGAACAGCCAUGCACCCUGCUCCAGCGUCCUGGGGCAGAACACCACACAGGCUGAAUGCUGCUGCACCCAGGGCUCCAGCUGGGGAGAUGCCUGUGACCUCUGCCCAUCUGAGGACUCGGCUGAAUUCAGCGAGAUCUGCCCUAGUGGUAAAGGCUACAUUCCUGUGGAAGGAGCCUGGACGUUUGGACAGACCAUGUACACAGAUGCGGAUGAGUGUGUGAUCUUUGGGCCUGGUCUCUGCCCGAACGGGCAGUGCCUCAACACUGUGCCUGGCUACGUCUGCCUGUGCAAUCCUGGCUUCCACUAUGAUGCUUCCCACAGGAAGUGUGAGGAUCAUGAUGAGUGCCAGGACCUGGCCUGUGAGAAUGGCGAGUGCGUCAACACAGAGGGCUCCUUCCACUGCUUUUGCAGCCCCCCGCUCACCCUGGACGUCAGCCAGCAGCGCUGCAUGAACAGCUCCAGCAGCACGGAGGACCUCCCUGACCACGACAUCCACAUGGACGUCUGCUGGAAAAAAGUCACCAAUGACAUAUGCAGCGAACCCCUGCAUGGGCAUCGUACCACCUACACGGAAUGCUGCUGCCAGGAUGGCGAGGCCUGGAGCCAGCAGUGUGCCCUGUGUCCCCCCAGGAACUCUGAGGUCUAUGCUCAGCUGUGCAACGUGGCUCGCAUCGAGGCGGAGCGGGAGGCUGGGGUCCUCUUCCGGCCAGGCUAUGAGUAUGGCCCUGGCCCUGACGACCUGCACUUCAGCAUCUAUGGCCCAGAUGGGGCCCCCUUCUACAACUACCUGGGCCCCGAGGACACCGUCCCUGAACCUCCCUUCCCCAACACUGCCGGCCACCCAGGGGACCGCACACCCAUCUUUGAGUCUCCCUUGCAGCCCUCAGAACUCCAGCCCCACUAUGUGGCCAGCCAUCCAGAGCCCCCAGCCGGCUUCGAAGGGCUUCAGGCGGAGGAGUGUGGCAUCCUGAACGGCUGUGAGAAUGGCCGCUGUGUGCGUGUGCGGGAGGGCUACACCUGCGACUGUUUUGAGGGCUUCCAGCUGGAUGCGGCCCACAUGGCCUGCGUGGAUGUGAAUGAGUGUGAUGACUUGAAUGGGCCUGCUGUGCUCUGUGCCCAUGGUUACUGCGAGAACACGGAGGGCUCCUACCGCUGCCACUGCUCCCCGGGUUAUGUGGCUGAGGCAGGUCCCCCCCACUGCACUGCCAAGGAGUAGCUGUCAGGGGUCAGUGUGGCAACUAUCUUGAAAUGGCCUCCAGUCACAGGCAGGGGCCUUGAGGCUGAUUUCCCAGCUGGGAAGACAGGCGUCGUCAGGCCAGAGGUUCCCAUUCAGCCUUGCCUGCUUUCAUCUCUCCCAGCUUAGCCUCUGGCUGUGAGCUUCGGUUACUGCCUCUAUGCCCUUGCUUGGCUCAAGCACCACCAAUCGCUUUAAUGCUUCAGCCACUGCAUGAGGCCCUGUCCACCACCUGUCCUGGCCUUGCUAUGGGAUGCUUACCAAAGGAUGGCCCUCAUCCACCCUCCCAAGCUGUGCAAGCACGAAAGGCCCCAUGGCCUCACACUGCAGACACCCCUUUCCAGCCACUAUCCACCAUCAUCCUGAUGAUCCCACGAGGACAGAGGCUACAUCUGCUCUGUGAAGGUCCUUCAGAAUCUGUGGAGCAAGAAAGGAUUUGGGGAAGCUUGGGGACUGACUCCAGUGCCCCCUCCCAAGAACCAUCACCACCACUCAGCCAAUCUGUUCUGGGCCCUAAUUUUGCCACACCUCCAUCCUGUAGCCCAUUCUCUGGCCCCAAGGAGUGGCAGAAGAUCCCUUCACUCAGAGACGCAAGACUGAUAGUAGCUUGUUGAGUGUAAGAGACACAAAUGAAGAAGAACGAAGAGCCUGAGAAAACAGCAAGAGAACAUGAUGAAAAGUUUGUGGAGUUGAUGAGAAAGGGGAGCCAAGCCUUCAUAUGUCUAAAGAAAAUAUUCAGUAGCUGUAACAUUCAAAAUACACCCAGCGAUAGCCCGUGUGCACCAGCAGCAAGGGCUGCCAUGGGAUGGCGUGCCCAUCUACAAUGACCUCUAUUACGGGAAACAAACCUCUUCUAGACUCUCCUUUUGUGAAAACCAGUUUGAUGUUCUAAAAGUAAAAAGUCUACUGUUUGGUAUGGUCUUCUUCAGAGGAAGCCAGAUUUGCAAUGUUGUUUUUCCCCUCUACUCAGAAGAACCUGCCUUUUCUUUCAGAAAACGAUGGCAGGCAAUCCUCUGAGUUUACAAGCAGAGACUCACUCCAACCCAAGCUAGCUGGGAGUUCAGAACCAUGGUAGAAUAAAGACAUGUACAUAUGGUUUCUUCUGUUCUUGUUUUUAUUUCAUAACAGACCAAAUAUCUUUACCAUGUUGGCUAAGUCUAAAUAUUAGAGACAAGGCUGUGCCUACUCCCUGGCCAGCUCUGCUGAUAGCCUAUGAUGGGUUCCAAUGGGAAAAGACUCUUUACUAUUGAAAGACAAGGAAAGCUCUGACUUUGCACUUCUCUGAUGAAUGGCGAUGCAAACAAACAAGGCUCCAUGUGACUGGAGCACAGAAGUGAAUGCUACUUUCUUAAUUUAAUCUGCCUUGUCCUACCUCCUCUUCUGAUUGUUAGCCUCACAUAACUUAUUGAACGCUUGCUAUGUGCCAGGCACUGUGCUGAGGGCUAUACAUACAUUUCAUUUAAUUAUCCAUGAUCUGACUUACCAUUGUUUAUUCUCAAUUUACAGGAGAGGAAACUGAGACAUAGAAAGCUUAAUUUUCUCUAGGUUCCUAUAUUAAUUGAGAUGUUUUCAGCAAACAAAAAUAAAUCACUCUUAUGCAUGUGAAAAUAUUCUUUCACUCAUAAUAAAAGAAAUACAACUUAAAACCAUAUUGAGAUGCUUUUUUGAAAUUGUCAGAUUGGUAAAGACAGAAAGCUUAAGACUGCUAGCUGGCAAGCAUGUGGGGAAAUAGGCACUCAUAAUAGCUGAUAGAAGUACAUAUUGAAGAAGACGGUAUGGCAAUGUCCUUCAAAAUUAUAAAAGCACUAACUCUUUGAUCCAGUAAUUCCACUUCUAGGUACUUGAUCUUCAGAUCUAUUUUCACCAGAUAUGAAAUGACAUAUGUAAGAAGUUAUUACUGCAUCAUUUGUAAUAGCAAAAGAUUAGAAACAAUUAAUUGCUAUGAAACCCGUAAAAAAGGUGUCUUUAAAUGCCUUGUUAAAAAAGAUAUCCAAACAAAUUGAGGGAAAAAGGGAGGCUACAUAACAGCGUGUAACAUAACACUAUUUGUCUAAAGAAUGGGGAAAGAGAAGUGGUUGUCUGUUAAUCCUUGCCACUCCACUUUAUACCUUACCAUUCAGAGAACAUCUUACCAUCCCCCAAAUAUAUCCUGCUGGCACUAUACCUUAACUGCUGUUCCCACCACCCCUACAACACUCCAAGCUUCGCCUUGCUGCCCAACCUUGAGAUACUGCAUGCAUAUAUACAUAUUUCCUUUGUUUAAAACACAAAUAGCCUACAAUGCAUGCUGUUCUGCACUUUUCCAUUUUAUAGCCGUCUACUAUUCUACUGAGUGGAUAAACCAUAAUUUAUUUAAUCAGUCCCUCCCUGAUAAACAUUUCCAUUGUUUCCUGUCUUUUGCUAUAAAUAAUGCUGCAAUGAAUAUUCUUGUGCAUAUUUCACAUUAAUUUAUGGGAUUAUAUCUGCAGGAUAAAUUCUUAGAAACGAUGGUGGUUUGUGGGGAGGGUGAAAGGAGGACAGGUACAGGAUUGGGAGACUUUUCACUGUAUCUCCUUUUGUAUUUUUUUGAAUUUUGUACUAUGUAUCACCUAUUCAAAAAAAUAAUAAAAUAUUUUUAAAUACA